AUGGCAGAGAGUUUUUUGAGCCGGGUUUUGGAAUAUUACAAAGAAAAUCAAUGGCAAAAUUUAUUAAAUUUGAACAAAAACUCUGACAAUUCGGAUGCACUGAAAGUACUGUGGGUUUGGCCGAGUGUUAAAAAUUUGCAGUUCAUUAAAAGGAAGAUUGUUGAAUAUGGAAAUGAAGGAGUGGUGUCACUGGGAUGCGGGUGCGGACUUCUUGAGUGGUUCAUUAAUAAAGCAACAGAUUUGCCGGUGAUUGGAUACGAAGUCAAUGAAGAGUGGUGGAAGAGUAAAUAUUCAUGUCCGCAAUUCAUAGAGCUCAACUAUUCACCUGAUACUCCAGAUCCCUCCAUGUUAAAUCCGAACUACGCUUUAUUAUUCUGCUACUUUAAUAACAGACCCGCAUUUAACGAAUAUAUUAAAUGUUAUAAAGGAAACAUGAUAAUUAUAAUUGGACCUGGGGAAGGUAAAGGCCGACAUACAGAUCCGGAGCCAUUUAAUCCUAAUUUUUAUAGCGACGAUUGGAUAUUGGAUGACUACGAGGAGAUCAAAAAUAGUAGAGAUUUUAUAGCGAUUUACGUAAGGAACACUAUGACGUAGUGACACCCGACGAAAUACAUUCCAAAAUUAAUUGGCAGUAUUUUUAUUAAUAAAUUAUUUGUAUACAAUUAAUUUUCAGUGAAACAUUUUAUAAAUAAUGUAGUUAAUUCUUUGACAUUGUUAAAUCAUUAAGAUAAUAUCGACUGCAUUAGCAUUAAAUUGAAUUCAAUUAUUUCAAUAUUAACCAUUCAACACAUCAUUUC